CGGCGGCGGCGGGAGGGGAGGCCGGGCCCUGGAAGCGGGGCUCCGCGCUGGGACUGGUUCCUUCGCAGCCAUUUUCCGUCCAACCAAACAGCCGAUUGGAGACGGGAGCCAACCAGGGCUGCAGCGGAGGUUUGCCUUUUAUUCCUCUAAGUGAGCUGCCAACUGCAGCAUUUCCUGCUAGGAACACCUAGAAGAUUGGUCCAGUCACUGGGUAGAUCACAGAUGAGCUCAUUUAUGCCAGUGUUAAAGAUGGAUGGAGAUAGUUCGACCACAGAUGCAUCACAAUUAGGAAUUUCAGCAGACUACAUUGGUGGCAGCCACUAUGUGAUACAGCCUCAUGAUGAUACAGAAGACAGCAUGAAUGAUCACGAAGACACAAAUGGUUCAAAAGAGAGCUUUCGAGAACAGGACAUCUAUCUUCCCAUUGCCAAUGUGGCGAGGAUAAUGAAGAAUGCCAUACCUCAGACGGGAAAGAUUGCGAAGGAUGCUAAGGAGUGUGUACAAGAGUGUGUGAGUGAAUUCAUCAGCUUUAUCACAUCUGAAGCCAGUGAAAGGUGUCAUCAGGAAAAGCGGAAGACCAUCAAUGGAGAGGACAUUCUUUUUGCAAUGUCAACUUUGGGUUUUGACAGUUACGUGGAACCUUUGAAGCUUUACCUUCAGAAAUUCAGAGAGGCAAUGAAAGGAGAGAAGGGGAUUGGCGGAGCUGUCACAACCACAGAUGGAUUGAGUGAAGAGCUCACCGAAGAAGCUUUUACUAAUCAAUUACCAGCCGGUUUAAUAACCACAGAUGGCCAGCAACAAAAUGUUAUGGUUUAUACAACAUCAUAUCAACAGAUUUCUGGUGUUCAACAGAUUCAAUUCUCAUGAUUUCAAGAAAAGUUGAACUGAGAACAUAAAAAGACGGGAGAGACACGGACAAUUCUAAGCAGAGACGUUACAUACGAUACCAUGGGGAAGAGAAAUGUCUCUUUGUAUAUUAAUAGCUGUAUUGUAGCUUCCCUGAUGCUUGACUAAUUGAGGUGUGAAUUCUGACUGGAGAAUCUUUUUUCAUGAAUGAUUUCAAUGGAAAAAAAAAUUUGGAUUUUAAAGGUAUUAAAAUAUUUUUGUUUUGUACAAGAGUUUGUUGCUCUGUAUGACUCCUGUAUGCAUUGUAUAUUGCGAUUUAUUACUGUCGGAGAUUUGUAGACAGUUUCUUAUUUUCAUAUUGAAUCAUGUUACUUUUGUAUAAUUCAAGUAAACAGCUGGGUUAAUUCAUGAUGUUUGCCCUUUUAAUAAAAUAUGAGGGUAGAGUUCA